AGGGACAGAUGCCUCGGACACCGCGCCUUACCCGAGGAGUUGUCACAAACAGCCGAGAACCCGACGUCCCAACAUACAGCACCCCUCCACAGCAUGAAGAAUGGAGCCGCCGGACUAGGGCGGGGCGAGGCGGAGUUGGUGUGCGCACGCGCGGGUGACCCGCCCAAGUCCAGACCGUGCGCAGGCGCCACGAGGCGGAGGGGGCGGGACGAGUGCGCCUGUGCCGGCAGGGCUGGCGAGACAAAAGGGAGGGACUCGGGCAGCCCCGCCCCCGAGCCCCGCCCCGAGCGUCCCGCGCUGGGUGUCAGGCUCGCUCGCCCGGUGGUCCCUGGCGCCGACGCCAUGUACCCCACGAGCCCACCGGCCGGCCCGGCCCUGCAUCCGGUCCCUCAUCGCGCUCGUCUUCCCCCGCCCCGGCGCCUUGCCGAGCCGCCGCGAUCGCCGGCUCCCGGCCAGGGUCCCACGGCGCGCCCGCCGCCCACCGCUCCCGGGCCGCGGCCCCGCGUGGCGGUAAAAAUGACUUUCCGCAAGGCCUACUCCAUCAAAGACAAGCUGCAGGCCAUCGAGCGCGUCAAGGGUGGUGAGCGGCAAGCCAGCGUGUGCCGCGACUUCGGCGUGCCGGGCGGCACGCUGCGCGGCUGGCUCAAGGACGAGCCCAAGCUGCGUUGGUUUCUGGACCAGCUUGGUGGAGAGGUGGGCACGCAGCGCAAGAAGAUGCGGCUAGCCAACGAGGAGGAGAUCGACCGCGCCGUCUACUCGUGGUUCCUCACCUUGCGCCAGCACGGCGUGCCGCUGUCCGGUCCGGUCAUCCAAGCGCAGGCCGAGGCCUUUGCUCGCCAGAUCUAUGGCCCCGAGUGUACAUUCAAGGCUAGCCACGGCUGGUUCUGGCGCUGGCAGAAACGCCACGGCAUCUCCAGCCAGCGCAUCUAUGGCGAGGCUGAGCCCCCGGUCGCAGGCCCUGCGCCUGUCAAAGAAGAGCCUGCACAGCCACCCGGCGCCGCCGUCCUACCUGGCCGUGCACUGGCUACUCUGCCCCACUCCGAGGGCGGCUAUGGUGACGAACAGAUCUACAAUGCCAACGUUACUGGUCUCUACUGGAGGUUGCUUCCGGAGCAGGCCGCAACUCAGGGCGCUGGGAACUCCAGCGGACCUAGUGGGUGCAGCCGGCGCUGGCCCGGUGACCGAGUGACAGUGCUGUUGGCCGCCAACCUGACCGGCAGCCACAAAUUGAAGCCACUAGUUAUCGGGCGGCUACCAGACCCACCCAGCUUGCGUCACCACAACCAGGACAAGUUCCCGGCCUCCUACCGCUAUAGUCCGGAUGCCUGGCUCAGUCGCCCUCUUCUUCGGGGCUGGUUCUUUGAGGAAUUCGUCCCUGGCGUCAAGCGCUACCUGCGCCGAAGCUGCCUGCAACAGAAGGCGGUGUUGCUGGUGGCCCAUCCACCUUGUCCAAGCUGGGCCGCUCGGAUGCCUGCCCUAGAGGAGAGUGAGGAGACGCCUAAGCAGUGCCAGCCCGAGCUCUUUGGGUCUCCAGAGGAGCUGCAGACACCUGAUGGUGCAGUCCGAGUGCUCUUCUUGUCCAAGGGCAGCAGCCGAGCACACAUCCCCGCCCCCCUGGAGCAUGGUGUGGUGGCAGCCUUCAAACAUUUGUACAGACGAGAGCUGCUGAGACUUGCUGUGUCUUGUGCCAGUGGCUCUCCGCUGGACUUCAUGAGAAGCUUCAUGCUCAAGGACAUGCUAUACCUGGCUGGCCUCUCUUGGGACCUGGUCCAGGCAGGCAGCAUAGAACGCUGCUGGCUGCUGAGGCUUCGGGCAGCCUUUGAGCCGGGACAGCCUCCAGUCCGCCAGGUAGAGGAGACUACUGAACACGGCAGGGUGCUCAGUGACCUCACACAGCGCCUGGCACCUGAAGAGGUGGCUGAGUGGCCGCACCUCGGUGGUGGUGGAGGUCUCCCUGAGGGCUACAGACAGGAGGUGGUCCCUGCAGCUCCUCCAUCCCCAGCCAGCCUGCCCUCCAGCAUGGGGGCUGGAGAGGAGGAGGAAGAGGCCGCUGAGCAAGGAGCAAUGUUGGUACCUACUGCUGGGGAAGCUGUCUGGGGUCUAGAGACAGCUCUGAGGUGGCUGGAAAGCCAGGAUCCCAGAGAAGUGGGCCCUCUGAGGCUAGUGCAGCUACGUUCCCUCAUUACCAUGGCACGGAGGCUUGCGGGCAUUGGGCCCUCACCAGCAGCUCUGCCUGACGGUGUGUGACUACUGCGGCCCACUGGCCUUUUUCCUGCUGCACUGGGAGAGGGGGCAUGCACCGGCUGCCAUCUUCCACCUUUCUUCCAUGGUGUAGUCCACCGUAGAGGAGUUCUGUUGGUAAAGGAUGCCCUGCCCCGUGGUCCACAACGUCUUGGGGACGUGGCUCAGAGAAGCAAGUGCUGUUUGCUGAGUAGGCACAUGUGGGCCCAUAAGCACAGCACCUUCUGGAGAACAGUUGACUGGACGGAGAACAGUUGACUGUGCCGCCCUUCUGGCCCCUAUGGGGUUUAUCCCUGCCCCUGCCCCCAUGUGCACUGGAUGAGGCUGCUGCUUCUGAUUCACCUGCCUCCCUGGUGCUACCUGGCCUCAUCUCAGUGGGAAAGCACUUGGUUUUGUUUUAAAAACAAACAAGAAUACAUUAAACCUGUUUUAAAAGA